GACAGAUAUGUUAUCACAACUAUCUGUUGGAAGGCGCAGAGCUAGACUGAGAGCGCAGAGUACCAUGCAAGAGCACCAACGCUUCCUGUGAAUCAAGUGAACUGGGUGCUACAGAGCGGACAGACAGAAACCUUGGAUGGCCAUCUUUCAUUACCAAACAUGAUCCUACUGCAGUGGACAACCUUUUUCGUAAUCAUAACAACAAAUGUGAUGUGCCAACUAAUUCUCGAGUCAGCAUCCAAAAAUGCCAUCAACCUCGACAUCACAAAGAUCAGCAAAAUCAUGAAACGGGAUGAUCCCACUGGCAAGAACCAUAGCACCAAGGUAACAAUAGCUCCUCAUCCCCCCCUUUACAACAUUGUUGAGUGGAAACUGGUUUUUCAGUCGCACGAUGGAGACACAACCACUCUGACCAAGUUGGUUGACGGCAGCAAACCCUCAACGGAAACGGAGUUAAUUUUUGAGGGCAAUCUACCGGACUCGAAGUACAUCUUUCUUCAAGCACUAAACAAUGUCGAAGUUGCUGCCAUGGUCUAUUUGGGAUUUCCCAUAGUAGAUCUUCAUUCAAAUGUGGCUUGGGUGGGAGAUGAGAAGUCCAGUCUGUUAUCUUCAGUUCGAGUGGCAGUAGGUAACCGCCUUAACCACAUUUCAGUGGGUGACCUAAACUGCUCAAGGCUUGAAAGUAAGUGUUACUUUAUUUCACCAAAUCCAAAGCCUACAUUUAUUGAAAGAUGUCUGGAGGCCUCCCUAGGAUCCCAUAAGACGGUGCAGCUCUGCGAUGAGAGGGAAACGUCUUUUAAAGAAAUGUCUCCAACACCAUCUCUGUCUCUUCUAAGUUCAAGAAGUAUCGAAGUAACCGUUUACACAGACAACAAAAACUCACAAAUAGAAGUCGUAGCCUUUGACCCUGAAGACUACAGUCAUGUCCUGUCCAACUCUAACUAUAACUGUUCUACUGCUAAACAGCAAAGUGAAAAUGAAAACGGAAAACAUAAAUGCUUACACGAGUUUAUGUUGACAGAAGAAAAAGAAGAACUCAUGGUUCUUGUUGUUCAAAUUGACGAAUAUGGUUAUGUCUGUGGAUCAAGUUUACAGAUUUUCAGAGGAAAUUUACCAAACUCUGAAACCGUUGGCAUCAUUGUUGCAUCCUUCAUAGGCACUACAGUGGGCGUGGCACUCAUAAUUCUGCUGACCAUGCUUUUUGUGAGGAGGAAGCAGACAAAGAGAAGAAAGAGAGAGGAAAGGGAACAAGACAGUGCCACGACAGAACCCUGUCUCAUCCCGAAACGUGUGACGUCUACGUAAAUUAGGUCUGUCUUAUCGUAAACUGAAAGGCUUCACCACUUUUGGUUCCUCGUCCAAUCUGAGUAGAUGUUCCACACUUCUGCAAUUCACUAGAGGAAGGUACAAGAACAAAGGAAAUAAAAAUAAAACUACAAUACU